AUGUCGAGUCCCUACAUCCUUCCUCCUUCCCGACAGCAGAGUGCAAACAGCAUUUUCAAAAUGAACACAGAUAUAGGCCAGCACGUACUCAAGAACCCUGGGGUUGCGCAAGCCAUUGUCGACAAAGCUGGCCUCAAACAGUCAGAUAUAGUUCUGGAGGUUGGACCCGGUUCAGGGAACCUGACAGUCAAAAUUCUGGAACAAUCGAAGAAGGUCAUAGCAGUGGAGUUGGAUCCGAGAAUGGCCGCUGAGGUGACAAAACGUGUUCAGGGGACACCAUCUCAGAAGAGAUUGGAUGUGGUAUUAGGGGAUGUUAUCAAGACUGAACUGCCAUAUUUUGAUGUCUGUAUAUCCAAUACUCCAUACCAGAUCUCGUCCCCAUUGGUCUUCAAGCUGCUAGCCUUGAGCCCAGCACCGAGAACGUGCAUUUUGAUGUUUCAGAGGGAAUUUGCAAUGCGACUCUUCGCCAAAGCAGGGGACAAGUUGUACUCAAGAUUGAGUGUGAAUGCGCAGAUGUGGGCUAAGAUAGAUCAUAUCAUGAAAGUGGGAAAGAACAACUUUAAGCCCCCUCCAGCCGUGGAAUCCAGUGUGGUACGGUUAGUGCCGAAGAAUCCUAGGCCGCAGAUCAGUUAUGAGGAGUGGGACGGUUUGCUCAGAGUGUGCUUCGUGAGGAAGAACAAGACUCUCAGGGCAAGUUUUCUAGGAGUAACAAGCGUGCUGGAUCUGUUAGAGAGCAAUUAUCGGACUUGGUGCGCGCAGAAUGAUAUAUCACUUGAAGAAGGAUCAGCAGAAUCGGGCUUAUUGGAGACAGAGAAUGUACCUGGGCCAGCAGCGGAGGACGGGGAAGAAGAGGAAGAAUGGGAUGGUAUCAUGGACAUUGACGAUGAUGACGAUCUCCCAGAUUUCUUUAAAGAGCAGGCCAUUGCAAAGGCGAACAAGGUGAACGGGACAAAAAGAAAGAAGAGAGGCAAAGUGACAGAAUUGGUCAGGGAGAAGGUCCGUUCAGUACUUGAAGACAAGACUGGUCUGGCUGAUAAACGAGCACGAAUGUGCGAUGAGGGCGAUUUCUUGAAAUUGCUCUGGGCGCUGAAUCAAGAAGGCAUACAUUUCAGUUGA